UCAACUUUUCAUGUCGUUAUCAAACAGCGACGGUAUUACGGAAAAGAAAGGCUCGUUUUUUUAAACAGAAAAUUGCAGAUUGCUGGAAAGAAACAUGUCUGGGAGUUUCUAUUUUGUCAUGGUUGGGCAUCAUGAUAAUCCUGUCUUUGAAAUGGAAUUCUUGCCUGCUGGUAAAGCUGAGUCAAAGGAUGACCACCGGCAUCUGAACCAGUUCAUUGCGCAUGCAGCCCUCGACUUGGUGGAUGAAAACAUGUGGCUGUCUAACAACAUGUACCUGAAAACUGUGGACAAGUUCAACGAGUGGUUCGUCUCUGCCUUUGUCACUGCAGGACAUAUGAGAUUCAUCAUGCUUCAUGAUGUACGACAAGAAGAUGGAAUCAAAAACUUCUUCAAUGACGUGUAUGAUUUAUACAUUAAGUUUGCAAUGAAUCCUUUCUAUGAAACCAAUGCUCCAAUCCGGUCGACGGCAUUUGACAGGAAAGUACAGUUCCUUGGAAAGAAGCACCUCUUGAGCUGAUGAACUAACCUGGACAGCAUGGUUGUGUAGCUUUUUUAAUGUCUUCAUUGUGUGCAGUUUUUCAUUGUGUGCAGUUUCCAGUUAAAAUAUGUUUUAAGACAUAUAUAUACAUAAUAUACACAUAAUUUGUCUAUGAUCACCUGUUGUAUGUCUUAUAAUUUCAGUAUGUAUUACUGAUACUUCCCAACCACUGUAUAAAAGCUAUUGUAAGCAUGGAACAUUGUUGCAUAAUGAAUGGAUGGUACACUAUAUAUACAAAAGUAUGUGGACACCCCUUCAAAUUUGGCCAUUUCAGCCACACCCAUUGCUGACAGGUGUAUAAAAUUGAGCACACAGCCAUGCAAUCACCAUAGCUAACAUUUGCAGUAGAAUGGCCUUACUGAAGAGCUCAGUGACUUUCAAUGUGGCACCAUCAUAGGAUGCCACCUUUCCAACAAGUCAGUUUGUCAAAUUUCUGCCUUGCUAGAGCUGCCCAGGUCAACUGUUCAAGUGAUGUUACUGUGAAGUGAAAGUCUAGGAGCAACAAUGGCUCAGCCGUGAAGUGGUAGGCCACACAAGCUCACUGAAAGGGACUGCCGAGUGCUGAAGUGUGUAAAAAUGGUCUCCUAGGUUGCAACACUCACGACCGAGUUCCGAACUGCCUCUGAAAGCAACGUCAGCACACUAACUGUUCGUCGGGAGCUUAAUGAAAGGGGUUUGGGAUAGGCCAUUUCCUGUUUCAUCAUGACCAACUCCAUAUUAAUGACCAUGAUUUUGGAACGAGAUGUUCGACGAUCAGGUGUUCACCUACUUUUGGUAAUGUAGUGUAUGUGUCACCAGAAUUUUGUUUCAAGUUUGAUAAUAAUGACAAGGUUUGUAUGAGGCUUUUCUGAACUUGAAUGAGCUUGUUAAAUAUUAUCCCAUUCAAAAGACGGUAAUGUUUAACAUUCACAAAGCUGUCUGCCGCCUUAGGGGAAUUCUCUGGCGCUGCCCAAAUGCUCUGUGCAAAUGCAACUAUGCCCUGCACACAAUAGUUUUGGAAACAUUUGCAACCAUACUUUCAUAUAAGCGAGAAAUAAUUUUUCAAACACAAAACACAAUUAACGUACGCAGUUCAGGAAAGUUGCACCCGGCUGUAUUUUGUGGAACACUCGAAAUCUGGAGUGGCAUGUGUCGUAGCCGGCUGCAACUUUGCUAAACUGCGCAAAGUAUGUGUACUUUUUUGUAUUUGCAAGAUUCUUUCUUGCUUCUAUGAAAGUUAAGUUCCAAAGGUUUCCAAAAACGCAUUGCAAGUGAGGCGUAUUUGCGUUUAAACAGAGCGUCUGGAUUGUAGUUCACAUGGAGGCAGCUGUGGUCCGUACCAUUGGCUGAGAAGCCAAAAGGGUGGCCAACUGUACGCUGGUUAUACACCCCCUUGGGUUCUUGAGAGCUAGUUAAAUCAAUGUAAAUGUGGCUAAGUUUACACAGGUAGCCCAAUUCUGAUGAGAUCUGCUCUGAUUGGUCAAAAGACCCAUUGUUGGCAGAAUAUCAGAAUUAGGCUGCCGGUGUAAACUAAGCCAUUCAUUCCUGAGGUUUGUGAAAUGCUCUGACUCACUGUCCAGUUUCUCUGAUUAAAUACUAUCAUUAACAUAA